AAGCGGACUGGAAUCAGAGUGAUAGGGCGUACCCCAACCAAAGAAAGAUUAAGGAAGUGAAAACAGAAUUCCACAAUUCAUAUGAAAGGCCGCUACAAGACGGGCAAUUCAAGUUGCGGCCAGGGAAAACCUUGGAUAAGGGGGAAACGUGGCAAACUGAUGAUUGACAGAAGCGGACGAAGAGGCGAUGAGAACUGAAGCUAAGGAUAACUGAAGUAGCAAUAAGAACUUUGACAAAUCAUGAACGAGGAGCUAUGCCCCGAAUAUGCUCUAAGGUGGGGACAAGAACGAGCAUGUGAACGAAAGUAUGAAAAUGCGAGAUUUUCUACUGAACUUAUGGGCAAAGGUCGGCUUUGGACUCCACGUGUAGUCGGUGCUCCGUCCCCCAGAGGAAGCCCCCCUUUCUUUUUGGUUGUAGUCAGACACCUAACCGUUCAACCUCGUAGGCAUCUUUCUAUUAACCAAAUCUGAUACCGUCAGGUACGGAAUGAAAUAAAAGGACUUCUUCGGCCCCUGCGCCUAGUGGUGCUUUCGGCUUGAAAAACCACGUGAGUGCUCUUAUUGGACCAGAGCUUUGGCUACUCCCUGUUGUCUUUGAAAGAAAUUUACUGAAACCUGAUGCGCAGAACCCUUCGUACAAAAAUGAAAGAUCAAUCUCAGGCCCAAUUGACUCAUCUUAGAAAGGAUUUGAUGAGCCAGUAAGCUGAGCUAUCAAUGCCCCACUAAAAAGAGAUAGGGACGGAGCUCCACAGUAUACGGCCCCGCUGUCCCUAGUUGUUCGCAGGUGAAUGAGAAACAGGGAUACCCGUAGCUCACUGAAGGAAGUCAAGAUAGUAGGAAGUUGAAGAGAGAGUGAGCUCCUAUUAGAAAAGCGAAGACGGGACUCGGACUCAACGAAAAUUAAAUCCAAUUUAGGUCAGACUCGAGAAGAAUCGUAGUUCAGAUUCAAGUAGGUUCAGUAAAAGAUGGAAGAAUUUUGAGAGCUGAAUUUCGCUUUCUUAGUUAUUUAUAACAUUUGAAUUUCUCUUACAUUCUACGUUUCCGAAAUGGAUCCUAUCAAAUAUUUCACAUUUUCUAUGAUCAUCUUUAUUUUAGGUAUUUGGGGAAUCCUCCUUAAUAGACGAAAUAUUCUUAUUAUGUUAAUGUCAAUAGAAUUAAUGUUAUUAGCUGUGAAUUUGAACUUUUUGGUAUUUUCCGUUUCUUUGGAUGAUAUGAUGGGUCAAUUAUUUGCUUUAUUGGUUCUAACGGUGGCAGCUGCGGAAUCCGCUAUUGGGUUAGCCAUUUUCGUUAUUACUUUCCGAGUCCGAGGGACUAUUGCUGUAGAAUUUAUUAAUAGCAUUCAAGGUUAAACAUGACUCCUAGAGAAUUACCAAAAUACGAAGUCCUCUUCUUUACUUUUUAUUUUGACUUGGUUGGCAGGGGAUCUAAGCGAUCACGAGCGCGUCCGAUUCAAAAGUUAUUUCACAAAUUAUUAUCCACAGCCCGCUCCACUGCUGAGGGGGUAGAGAUAAAAGCUUUCAUAAUGAGAUUUACUUCCACGAAUAUGCAUGCUAGAAAGAUGCUAUUUGCUGCUAUUCCAUCUAUUUGUGCAUUAAGUUCGAAGAAGAUCUCAAUCUAUAAUGAAGAAAUGAUAGUAGCUCGUUGUUUUAUAGGCUUUAUCAUAUUGAGUCGUAAGAGUUUAGGUAAUACUUUCAAAGUUUUUCUCGACGGUAGAAUCCAGGCUAUUCAGGAAGAAUCGCAGCAAUUCCCCAACCCUAACGAAGUAGUUCCUCCGGAAUCCAAUGAACAACAACGAUUACUUAGGAUCAGUUUGCAAAUUUGUGGCACCGUAGUAGAAUCAUUACCAAUUGCACGCUGUGCGCCUAAGUGCGAAAAGACAGUGCAAGCUUUGUUAUGCCGAAACCUAAAUGUUAAGUCAGCAACACUUCCAAAUGCCAUUUCUUCCCGUCGCAUCCGUCUUCAGGACGAUCUAGUCACAGGGUUUCACUUCUCAGUGAGUGAAAGGUUUGUCCCUGGGUGUACGUUGAAAGCUUCUAUAGUAGAACUCAUUCGAGAGGGCUUGGUGGUCUUAAGAAUGGUUCUGGUGGGGGGUUCCCUUAAGAAUAAAGAAGACGAAUAGAAUCUAAUUCAUGUUCAUGCUAACAGAAGAGCGGAUCCAAUACCAAGACGACU